AUGAUUGCUGUCGAUAUAUCAGAGCAAGGAGACAAGAAGCGAGAUUAUGGACAGACAUGUGAGGAGUGCAAAAUAAAGGAAGCAAUCUAUCAGUGUCCCAGAUGUAACAUUCGAACUUGCUCUUUGGAAUGCGUUCGCACACACAAGACCAAGACUGAUUGCAAUGGGAAGCGAAACCGAGAGGCAUUCUUGCCACUUUGCCGCAUGUCAGAUAGCAGCCUAAGAAGUGAUUACUUUUUCUUGGAGGAAGUGCUGGAUCGAAUGCCCCGGGAUGCCAAGCGAGCCAAAACACAACAUCAAACCAGUCGGAAAUCUCGUCGUCUGUUGCAACAAUGUGAAAAACGAGGCAUUAACCUAAAGAUUAUGCCGACAAUGAUGGACAGGCAUAAGAAAAAUGCUUCUUGGUACUGUGUCAAACGUGAUACUAUCAUGUGGAAAGUCGAAGUCAUCCUCCAUCGAUCAAGAAAGUCAUUCUCUUGUCAAUUGUCGGAGGAUGAAGCCGAAAUCAUAAGUCAUCUUCAGAAGCAUGCCCAGAAAACUGGAUUAUCGAUUGACGACAGCAUGCGGCUAUUUGUGAAGGAACUUCCAGCUCCGACAAACAAACAGAGAUAUGCCGAAAUCGAACCCAUUGACAAUCUGAGAUCAUUCCUUUCUGGCAUGACAAUCAUUGAACAUCCGACCAUUUAUUGUGUGGAUAAGGAUUUUGUCGCUGAAUUUCCAACAGUGAAUGACAAGAUAAAAGAAUUGCCAAGUGGAAGUAAUGACAAUACAGACACCAACGCUAAUAUCGUGGAUUCUGACACGAAGAUGAAUGUAUCAAUUGAACAUGUUGAACACGCGAAUGGAGACGGUGGCAUGAUUCAGGAAGAGCCAAAUGAAAAUAACACUACAGUAAUGAAAGCGGAAGCCUCUGAAUUCAUGACGGAAGUGUCAAGUAAGAGCCGCAAUACGAUGAUUGAAGACAGCCCUAAAGAAUCUGACACACUGGAACAAGGUAGUCCGACUGACAAUCGAGUGACGAUUGAUGCAAGCGUUGGGUGUUGA